AUGUGCAUACUCGCCGCCGUGGCGCUCGGCUGCCUGUGCUGUGUCCUGUGGAUCGACCCUGGCACCGUCCACCGCAGCUCCUCGACCUGCCUACCUCUUCCGCCCGAGGUGGCGGCGAGGCUCGAAGGCGGAGGAGAAAACCUCGCCGGGCUCCGCAACCCCGUCGCCGGCCGUGACACCUACUGCGUCCGCUGCUGCGUCUGGCGGCGCGCCGGCGACGGCUCACCCCACCACCACUGCAGUGUGUGCCAGCGCUGCGUCUCUGGCUUCGACCACCACUGCGGCGUGCUCGGCCGCUGCAUCGCCGGCUCGGUCGUCCCGUGGCGCGGCAGCAUGCCCUACCUUCGCCCACAGGAAGCUUCCCGAGAGCAGCUUCCGAUCCGUUCGAGCCUACCUGUAGGCAACAUGCCCUACUUUCGACUCCUCCUCGGCAUGCACUUUUGCGCGACUGCGGCCUCCGCCACCGCCGUCGCCGCCGCCGUCGGAGAUGGGCUGGGCUGGCCGGUGGCGAUGGCGGUCAGCGGCUGGCUCGCUCUCGCUCUGCUCGCAAACUGCGCGCCGCGCUGCUGCGGCCGGGGCGGCUGCCGCUGCGUGCCUCCCGUUAACGACUUCACCGCGGCAGACGCGCGCAGGGCGAUGGUCCAGCUGUCGUCGCCACCGCCGCUGCGUGUGGCGGUUGCGACGCGGGUUGCGGGCGACGUGGAGGCUGGCGUCGCCGCCGAGGACACGACGGCGACCCUUCUGACCGCCUCGCCCCUCACACCCUCAACCAAUCUCUCCUCGCCUCCUUCCUCGCCGCCUCCUCCCUCGCCGCCUCCCUCGCCUCCUCCUCCCUCGCCGCCUCCCUCGCCGCCUCCCUCGCCGCCCAGUCUCGGCGUCGCACUCCUCGACGACCUCAAGCUGCGCGCGCGCUCUGCAGUGCGCGCCGCGUCAGCGGCCGCCGCCCGCGCCGGCCUCGCGGGCCAUGGCGGCGGGGGAGGCCUCGGGUCGGUGCGCUGGGAGGUGUGCCCCUCGCUGGAGGGGGCGGGGUGGGAGGCGGCCGCCGCAUCCUCGCUGCUGCAGAACGGGUUCGUGGUGCUCCGAGGGGGCGGGCAGCGGCUGCACGCCGCCUCUUCCGGCCAGGCAGGCGCGCAGAUUGCCGCGUGCACCUUGGUGCCGCAAGACACUUGCGAGGCUUGCGCUACGGCGGCGGAGGCGCGGCUCGCGUGCUUGCUCGCCCGAGCGCGGGGGAAGGGCAAGGCGGGGCUCGUCAACGCCUUCAUCCCGCUCGUGCCCGUCACGCGGCACAACGGGGCCACCGAGCUCCGCCCAGGCUCGCACCGCUUCAACGACCCGCGCACGGUGCCGGUGGCUCCCGAGCUCGCCGUCGGCGACGUUCUUCUCUUCGACUGGCUGCUGCUGCUGCACCGCACGCCGUGGCGACGCGAGAUCGCCCGAGAUCACCCGAGAUCGCCCGAGAGUAGGCUGCUGCUGCACCGCGGCCGUGGCAACGCGACGCAGGGGAACCGGCCGGCGGCGUCUUCUCCGCACGCGUCCGCCGCGGAGGCUUCGGCCGAUCUCGAGCAAACCUCGAGCAGACUUCGGCCGGCUCUCGGCCAGCUCGAGGCGGCGAUGCGCGUGACCUUGUGGUCUUCCGUCGCUCUCGCCCUCGUCGCCGCCCUCACGCUGAGCGAGUCCGAGGGCGCCUGCAGAGCCCGCCUCGCCACCGCCUCUCUCCGCUGGGCUCUGCCGGUCGCGGCAGUCUUCGCCCUCCCCGCCCUCGCCCUCGAGCUGCAUCUGCGCUGCUCCGCCGGCAGCUACGUGCAGCUGAGCGUGGCGGGUGGCGCAUACCGCCCGCCGAUCGACCGCAACAUCGCGAGACGCGGCAGCCGCACCAGAGCCGCCCUCGCCGCCGCCGCCGCCGCCGUCGCCGCCGCGGCGGCCUUGCUGGGCUACUCGGCGUGCUCGGUCGUGCCUCCCACCGCGCUGCUCAGCGUGCUGGCGCUCGUGCGAGCCUUCCCCGCCUUCUCCGCCCCGUGGUACUGGGCGGCGCACUACGCGUGCACGUGUGGCGGGCGCGAGGAGUGGCGCCGCCCGGCCGAGGACGCGGCGGCGGCUGUGCAACCCUCUCGGAUCUGGCAGGCGGGCUGCCGCGCCGUCCGGCCGGCGUGGCGCGUGCUGCUCGAGGGCGGCUUCCUCGUCUCCUUCUCGCUCGGGCCGCCGACGGCGCCGCCCCCGUUCCGGCAGGCCGAGGCGCAGGGCGCAGCCUUCGAGGUCGGGCCGCCAGUCACAGUCGCCUCCUCAAAGGCGGGCGAGAGCGUGCUCUGCUACUUUGCGAGGAAGGUGGCCCGCGGCGGGCCGGCGGGGCGGGUGGACUGCGGCUGGCCGGUGGUGUUGCUCGUGUGCUUUGCCCAUUCCGUGCCGGGCGUCCGUGCCGGGCUCAUGGGCGGCGUGGCGGGGGGCGUGCCGGGCGAGGCGGGGCGCUUUGCCUUGCCGCUGGUGGGCGACCACGCCCGCCAGGGGCAGUCGGGCUUGCCGCGGAUGCACUUGCCCGCCGUCCCGUCCUUGGCGCCUGGCGUUCCGCACUUGUGGCAGGCAAAGCGGCGCGAGCCGGGCGAGGCGGACCACGAGAAAGACUCUCCCCGCUUGAGCUUCGUGUGGAAGAGCUUCAUCGCGGACUUGGCCUUGCCGAGUCCGACGAAGGCGGUCUUGCGAAUCAUCGGCAGGCUCACCCGCCACUUGCGGUUCUUGCGGAUCGCGCGCACCUUGGCGGCAUAG